UAUUGAUAAGACCACUUUGGUUGAUGAUUAUCCUCUUCUACUUUCAAGAUUCUAUAUAUGUAUUUGUUUAUUAACAGUAAAGUAAUUGAGACAGAAAGAAAAAUGGCAGCUUGCUAACUAGCAGUAUAUAUAAGGAGUAUUAGAUAAGGUGUAAAAGGUCUACCUCUUUUGCAUGCAUGGGAAGAAGAAGCAGCCAAAUGGGAAGUCAAAAGAUUUGUUUGCUGCUGGUUGUGCUUUUCAUGAAUCUUCACAUGCUUGCUGCAGCUUCCAGUCCUCUUCAUAAGAAGGCUUUUUCUUCAGAUUCUUCGGAGGAUAUUGAUCAGGGUAAUAAACAUGUACCUGAACAUGAACAUGGCACGGGAACAGCUAAAGUUGAUCACUAUGCCAGAAGUGAUAUUGUAGAAAGCAGCAAAUUUGCCCAUGGCACCGGAGGAGCACAUGCUGGGGGUGGAUCACCUGGUUUUGGUGAACACGGAAGUAAUGGUGGUUCUGGAACACCUUAUGUACAAGGAGGCACCACCAUCAUCCCCAUAUAUGCCGGGGGAGCAGCAAGUAACCACCACCCAAACACACACCGCAAUGCCGUCAGCUGCAACCAGAGUUCAACUGGAUUUCUCACCCUGAUCUUGACUGCCGUUGCCUGGUUUGUACAUUUAUAAAGUGGAUAGGAAAACUAGACCAAUCCAUCCUUCUAGUGCAAGAGAGUUUUUAUUUGCUUGUGUAAGACAUGUAUGUAGAAACUGUGAAUGUGUUUUCAUUAAUGUAAACGUCCUAAAUUAAAGUGUCUUGUAAAUGUCAGUGAACCUGUAUCAGCUGUUCAAUAUAUAUUUUUCUAUUAUAUUUCUCUUUGUAAA